AGACUGCGUCUGUGUUCUAUGGCAGUUACACACACGUAGUGGUGUUCACGAGCGGUUUUGUGGACUCAAAGGUUUUCUCCCUGAGAGGCAUAACCCAGGCCAGCUGAUUCAUCAGAAUCAGGAAACUGGGCAUCUCUGUGGCCCUGAACAUCCCAGGAGGCUGAUCGUACAGAGACCUCUGGUGCCUGACCGCAGUUCACAUCCACAUCCCUGGAAUAGACCAUCACAGGCUCUUCACCCUUGGCAGGUGGACACCAUUCAACCUGCCGGGGCAGGAUGGACAUGGUAGAGAACGCGGAUAGUUUGCAGGCACAGGAGCGGAAGGACAUACUUAUGAAGUAUGACAAGGGACACCGAGCUGGAAUGCCAGAGGACAAGGGGCCUGAGCCCGUUGGAAUUUACAGCAGCGUUGAUCGUUUUGGCAUUCUGCAUGAGACGGAGCUGCCUCCUGUGACUGCACGGGAGGCGAAGAAAAUUCGGCGGGAGAUGACACGAACGAGCAAGUGGAUGGAAAUGCUGGGAGAAUGGGAGACAUAUAAGCACAGUAGCAAACUCAUAGAUCGAGUGUACAAGGGAAUUCCCAUGAACAUCCGGGGCCCGAUGUGGUCAGUCCUCCUGAACAUUCAGGAAAUCAAGUUGAAAAACCCCGGAAGAUACCAGAUCAUGAAGGAGAGGGGCAAGAGGUCAUCUGAACACAUCCACCACAUCGACCUGGACGUGAGGAGGACUCUCCGGAACCAUGUCUUCUUUAGGGAUCGAUAUGGAGCCAAGCAGAGGGAACUAUUCUACAUCCUCCUGGCCUAUUCGGAGUAUAACCCGGAGGUGGGCUACUGCAGGGACCUGAGCCACAUCGCCGCCUUGUUCCUCCUUUAUCUGCCUGAGGAGGACGCAUUCUGGACACUGGUGCAGCUGCUGGCCAGUGAGAGGCACUCCCUGCCAGGAUUCCACAGCCCAAAUGGUGGGACAGUCCAGGGGCUCCAAGACCAACAGGAGCAUGUGGUACCCAAGUCACAACCCAAGACCAUGUGGCAUCAGGACAAGGAAGGUCUAUGCGGGCAGUGUGCCUCGUUAGGCUGCCUUCUCCGGAACCUGAUUGACGGGAUCUCUCUCGGGCUCACCCUGCGCCUGUGGGACGUGUAUUUGGUGGAAGGAGAACAGGUGUUGAUGCCAAUAACCAGCAUUGCUCUUAAGGUUCAGCAGAAGCGCCUCAUGAAGACAUCCAGGUGUGGCCUGUGGGCACGUCUGCAGAACCAAUUCUUCGAUACCUGGGCCAUGAAUGAUGACACCGUGCUCAAGCAUCUUAGGGCCUCUACGAAGAAACUAACAAGGAAGCAAGGGGACCUGCCACCCCCAGCCAAACCCGAGCAAGGGUCCUUGGCACCCAGGCCUGUGCCGGCUUCACGUGGUGGGAAGACCCUCUGCAAGGGGUAUAGGCAGGCCCCUUCAGGCCCACCAGCCCAGUUCCAGCGGCCCAUUUGCUCAGCUUCCCCCCCAUGGGCACCUCGUUUUUCCACACCCUGUCCUGGUGGGGCUGUCCGGGAAGACACGUACCCUAUGGGCACUCAGGGUGUGCCCAGCCUGUCCCUGGCUCAGGGAGGACCUCAGGGUUCCUGGAGAUUCGUGGAGUGGAAGUCGAUGCCCCAGCUCCCAACGGACCUGGAUAUAGGGGGCCCUUGGUUCCCCCAUUAUGAUUUUGAAUGGAGCUGCUGGAUCCGUGCCAUAUCCCAGGAGGACCAGCUGGCCACCUGCUGGCAGGCUGAACACUGCGGAGAGGUUCACAACAAAGAUAUGAGUUGGCCUGAGGAGAUGUCUUUUACAGCAAAUAGUAGUAAAAUAGAUAGACAAAAGGUUCCCACAGAAAAGGGAGCCACAGGUCUAAGCAACCUGGGAAACACAUGCUUCAUGAACUCAAGCAUCCAGUGCGUUAGUAACACACAGCCACUGACACAGUAUUUUAUCUCAGGGAGACAUCUUUAUGAACUCAACAGGACAAAUCCCAUUGGUAUGAAGGGGCAUAUGGCUAAAUGCUAUGGUGAUUUAGUGCAGGAACUCUGGAGUGGAACUCAGAAGAGUGUUGCCCCAUUAAAGCUUCAGCGGACCAUAGCAAAAUAUGCUCCCAGGUUUGAUGGGUUUCAGCAACAAGACUCCCAAGAACUUCUGGCUUUUCUCUUGGAUGGUCUUCAUGAAGAUCUCAACCGAGUCCAUGAAAAGCCAUAUGUGGAACUGAAGGACAGUGAUGGGCGACCAGACUGGGAAGUAGCUGCAGAGGCCUGGGACAACCAUCUAAGAAGAAAUAGAUCAAUUAUUGUGGAUUUGUUCCAUGGGCAGCUAAGAUCUCAAGUCAAAUGCAAGACAUGUGGGCAUAUAAGUGUCCGAUUUGACCCUUUCAAUUUUUUGUCUUUGCCACUACCAAUGGACAGUUACAUGGACUUAGAAAUAACAGUGAUUAAGUUAGAUGGUAUUACCCCUGUACGGUAUGGACUAAGACUGAAUAUGGAUGAAGAGUACACAGGUUUAAAAAAACAGCUGAGGGAUCUCUGUGGACUUAAUUCAGAACAAAUCCUACUAGCAGAAGUACAUGAUUCCAACAUAAAGAACUUUCCUCAGGAUAACCAAAAAGUACAACUCUCAGUGAGCGGAUUUUUGUGUGCAUUUGAAAUUCCUGUCCCUGCGUCUCCAAUUUCAGCUUCUAGUCCAACACAGAUAGAUUUCUCCUCUUCACCAUCUACAAAUGGAAUGUUCACCCUAACUACCAAUGGGGACCUACCCAAACCAAUAUUCAUCCCCAAUGGAAUGCCAAACACGGUUGUGCCAUGUGGAACUGAGAAGAACUUCACAAAUGGAAUGGUUAAUGGUCACAUGCCAUCUCUUCCUGACAGCCCCUUUACAGGUUACAUCAUUGCAGUCCACCGAAAAAUGAUGAGGACAGAACUGUAUUUCCUGUCACCUCAGGAGAAUCGCCCCAGCCUCUUUGGAAUGCCAUUGAUUGUUCCAUGCACUGUGCAUACCCGGAAGAAAGACCUAUAUGAUGCGGUUUGGAUUCAAGUAUCCUGGUUAGCAAGACCACUCCCACCUCAGGAAGCUAGUAUUCAUGCCCAGGAUCGUGAUAACUGUAUGGGCUAUCAAUAUCCAUUCACUCUACGAGUUGUGCAGAAAGAUGGGAACUCCUGUGCUUGGUGCCCACAGUAUAGAUUUUGCAGAGGCUGUAAAAUUGAUUGUGGGGAAGACAGAGCUUUCAUUGGAAAUGCCUAUAUUGCUGUGGAUUGGCACCCCACAGCCCUUCACCUUCGCUAUCAAACAUCCCAGGAAAGGGUUGUAGAUAAGCAUGAGAGUGUGGAGCAGAGUCGGCGAGCGCAAGCCGAGCCCAUCAACCUGGACAGCUGUCUCCGUGCUUUCACCAGUGAGGAAGAGCUAGGGGAAAGUGAGAUGUACUACUGUUCCAAGUGUAAGACCCACUGCCUAGCAACAAAGAAGCUGGAUCUCUGGAGGCUUCCACCCUUCCUGAUUAUUCACCUUAAGCGAUUUCAAUUUGUAAAUGAUUAGUGGAUAAAAUCCCAGAAAAUUGUCAAAUUUCUUCAGGAAAGUUUUGAUCCGAGUGCUUUUUUGGUACCACGAGACCCGGCCCUCUGCCAGCAUAAACCACUCACACCCCAGGGGGAUGAGCUCUCCAAGCCCAGGAUUCUGGCAAGAGAGGUGAAGAAAGUGGAUGCGCAGAGUUCGGCUGGAAAAGAGGACAUGCUCCUGAGCAAAAGCCCAUCCUCACUCAGCGCUAACAGCAGCAGCAGCCCAAAAGGUUCUCCUUCUUCAUCAAGAAAAAGUGGAACCAGCUGUCCCUCCAGCAAAAACAGCAGCCCUAAUAGCAGCCCACGGACUUUGGGGAGGAGCAAAGGGAGGCUCCGGCUGCCCCAGAUUGGCAGCAAAAAUAAGCCGUCAAGUAGUAAGAAGAACUUGGAUGCCAGCAAAGAGAAUGGGGCUGGGCAGAUCUGUGAGCUGGCUGACGCCUUGAGCCGAGGGCAUAUGCCGGGGGGCAGCCAACCAGAGCUGGUCACUCCUCAGGACCAUGAGGUAGCUUUGGCCAAUGGAUUCCUUUAUGAGCAUGAAGCAUGUGGCAAUGGCUGUGGCGAUGGCUACAGCAAUGGUCAGCUUGGAAACCACAGUGAAGAAGACAGCACUGAUGACCAAAGAGAAGACACUCAUAUUAAGCCUAUUUAUAAUCUAUAUGCAAUUUCAUGCCAUUCAGGAAUUCUGAGUGGGGGCCAUUACAUCACUUAUGCCAAAAACCCAAACUGCAAGUGGUACUGUUAUAAUGACAGCAGCUGUGAGGAACUUCACCCUGAUGAAAUUGAUACCGACUCUGCCUACAUUCUUUUCUAUGAGCAGCAGGGGAUAGACUAUGCACAAUUUCUGCCAAAGAUUGAUGGCAAAAAGAUGGCAGACACAAGCAGUAUGGAUGAAGACUUUGAGUCUGAUUACAAAAAGUACUCUAUGUUACAGUAAAGCUACCACUCUGGCUGCUAGACAGCUUGGUGGCGAGGGAGAAGACUCCUUGUAGCUGAUACUUGGCAAAAGUGUCACUGAAAGACAAGCUAAAUGUAGUUAUUUUAUCCUGUUAGAACAAAAAUUCUAAUUAAAAUAGUUAACUUGAAGAGUAGAAACAAUUGUAUUUUGAAGUCUCAUACAAGCUGUCUGAUAGAGAACUUUCAGGCAGAUCCCACCAUUAGCCUGUAAACAAAAGGUUUGGCACCAGCCACCUGGGACCAAAUAAGAAUUGAAUUGUGCUUGUCCAGAUAUGAACAAAUAUGUAGUGAGUAUAGAGUUUACCAAUAAUCAUAACAAAUAUUAAAGAUUUCCUUGGAGUCAGAGGAAAAAACAAACAAUUAUAAUGUUGUCUAGGGACGACAUGAUACGCUACCUCCUUUUUCCUGAAGUUUUAUUCCAUUAUAUUGACAAGAUGGAGAAAGCAAGAUCAUGAAGGUGUGCAAAUGAUUCUUACGGCAUGGACGAGGAUUUUUCAAUUUAUUUUUUAAACUGUUCCCAUACCCUUUCUUUUUCUUGCUUUUUGUUUUUGCCAUUGUGUUUACAUUUGAGACACAACCAGUCAUUGGUGGCAGGGGCAUAGAGUGGUCAGUCUGAAAGGGAGGCUCUCUUAAGAGCUAUGUGCCUUCCAACCAGAGGGAGACCCAGUAGAAAGAAAAACAUCCUGGGAAAUCCAGCUACCAGGGCCCUCCCAGUGGAGGCAUCUUACAUUUAGGCUACUUCAAGUAUCCUCAGAAAUGUAUUCUGUACCCCCGGCCCCGCCCAUGCUGAGGGAAGGGGAGCAGUUGCCAAUAUUUGCACCAUCUUCACAUGCACAUGUUGCAACAAGAGCUUCUGGGAAGGUAAGCGGCAUCGGAGCUAGAUCACGUUUCACAAUUAGUCGUUAUUCUUUUCUGUGUUUGUUUUGCACUUUAAAAAAGAGAGAACACAUGCAAAUGAACUUGCUUGUGUGUAUUUGAUGGCUCUAAGGGCUAUAAAUUACAAACAAAACACAUCCCAAACAUUAGGAGUUCAUAAGUAUAUUUAAUGAAAUUGGUGGUUUUAGGAAGUCAACUUUAGUUUUGCUUUGUUUGCAUGUCCACUAGUUUUUUUAUUUUGAUAUUUGUCUUUUUUUAAAUUUUACAGUAGUCAUUGAAAGUUAUGUUUCUUUGCUUACUUCAUUUUUUUCCUCUAAUUAUUUAAGAUUGGAACAAAAGUAUAAAUAUUAUUUAUUUCAGGUAGAAUUUUUUUCAUGUAGUUUCUUAAUAUAUACUUGAAGGAAAUGUUUCACCUUAUUUUUGGUCUUUGUUUAUUCAUUUAGACCCUGCAAGUUGAUUCUCAUUGCCAGAUUCCAUUACCCUUUCUUCCUCAUAGGUAGUAAUUACCAAUGUAACUAAGCAUUUGUGUUCUGAUAUCUGAGGCCAGUAACUAUUAAUAUCUAGUUCUCAGAGCAUUUGGAAAGGUUAUCUUAAGUGGCUACCUAAAUUGAAAUCCUUUUCAGAAAAAAUAUAAUUGCAAGUAGGUAGGAGUGGCCUAAAUUGUCUAAUGUAAUAAAGUCAGACAAAAUGCACACUUUAUAGUUUCAAGAUUUUCAGUAUAUAAAAUCUGUCCAUUCCUACCUGGACAUGUCCCAUUAAAAAGUGGAAGAUUUUAAAUAAUUUCUUUACAGAUGUUUUAUUUAAGCAGGUAGCACAAUCUACUAAUGUUGUUUGAUUUGUGUUUGUUAUACUGGUUGUAAUUAAUUUUUUUAAUUCAUGAACUAGCGGGAAAUUUAUUAAAUUAACUAUUAACUAUAUUCACCUUGUAAAUUACUGUAUAAAACUUGUUGACAAUGCACUGACUUUAGAAAGAUGUUAAUGUACAUAAAUAGAGUGUAAAUAAAAGUGUUGAUGUACUGAAAUAUGAACUGUAUCAAAAGUAUUGGUAAUUGUAUAUGGGGUGUACCUGUUUAUCUGUAACUAUUAUCCAAACAAAUUAAAUACUGUGGUUGCCUC